AUGCUCAAGAAAUCCAAUGAGAUAUAUCGCCAUAGACUCCAAUUGCUGAUUCCGUCAUGCCCCUCAUCGCCACUCUUCUCGCGGCUUCAUUCCGUACAGCAUCUUCUCCAUAGAUAUAGACUUUACGCCACGGCUCAUGGUUUCCCCGAACAAGACCUGUCCUGGCCGUCUUCUUCCUCGUUCACCCCCUAUGAUGUGUUCAAGCAAGACAAGAAGGCUCCGUACUCGAAGUCUCGGUUCUACGAACUAGUCAAGAUCUACCACCCCGAUCGCCCGUGUCAUGACCACCCAUUAUGCAAAGAUAUCGCACCAGAGGUGAGACUACAGCGGUACCGCUUAGUCGUUACGGCCCAUGAGAUUCUUUCCGACCCGGCCAGGCGAGCCGCGUACGAUCUCUCUGGCGAAGGAUGGAGCCUUCACCCGCGUCGCAGCGAGGGCCCGACGCCCUCCUGGGCCCGAUCGGGAUCCAGUGACUACGGUCCCAUUCAUACAAAUGCCACUUGGGAGGAUUGGGAACGAUGGCGUAAUCGCCAUCAGGGAAAGCAGCAGCACAUGGUGGACAAUCGCACCUUCACCAUCUUCAUCAUCCUGCUCACGCUCUUCGGAGGUGCAAUGCAGGCUUCCUGGAUCACUCGGGUUAGCACGGGUUACGAGUCCCGGCUUCAAGAGCUCAAUAACGAGUCUGCGCGGUUCUUAACAGGGCGACGGGAGAAUACCGUCAACCAAAUGGCCUCGAAUGAGGCUAAAGUCCAGCACUUUCUCAUCCGCAGAGACCCGUCUGGUUAUGGGUUGAAGGAGGAAGAACAGACGGUCUAUAAGACUUUGUUGAGCCCUCGAACCUCCGAUUCUGAGGCUGAGGUCGACGCCGUAACGGCCCAAGGUCAGGGACAGUUAAAUCGAAAGCUGCAGGACGACCAGUCCAAGACUGCACAUGAACCUGCGCCGGAUAGGGGAGCGGCAAACGGACAGUAA